AUGACCCAAAUUUCAUGGAUAGUGCAAAAUUUCCGGCAUAUUUUGAAAUCGUGCAUAGAUAGGAGGGACAUCGCCACCGGAAAAUGCUUACACGUACUUUACAUCAAGUCUGUCGUUCCACACCUUACCUACAUUUCCAACCACUUCACUCUCCUCUACUCCAAAUGCCGCCGUCUCUCCGACGCCCGCAACGCCUUCCACGCCACCCUCGCCCCCAACGUCUUCUCCUUCAACGUCAUGAUCCACGCCUAUGCUAAAGAAUCACUGCCCCAUCUUGCACACCACCUGUUCGAUACAAUUCCCCAACCGGACCUCAUCUCUUACAACACACUCAUCGCCGCUUACGCUGAAUGUGGGCAGCCUUGCCCAGCGCUCGAACUCCUUUUGGGUGCGCGGGACUCUGGUUUGGGGAUUGACGGCUUCACCUUUUCUGCAGUCGUUGCCGCGUCUUGCGACGACGUCGGAUUGAUCAAACAGCUGCACAGCUGGGCUCUUUCAGGUGGGUUUGACGGGUAUGCAUCGGUGAGUAAUGCUUUAAUUUCUGGCUACAGUAGAAACGGAUGUCUUCGCGAGGCCGAAAGGGUGUUUAGGCAUAUGGGGGUAGUUAAAGAUGAGGUGUCUUGGAAUUCGAUGAUUGUCGUUUAUGCACAGAAGAGACAAGGGCUGAAGGCGCUUGAUUUGUAUCAGAAAAUGAUGGAUCAAGAGCUGUAUGUAGACAUCUCUUCAUUGGCUAGCAUCUUGAACGCGUUUACGAGCUUGGAGGAUGUACGCGGUGGGAUGCAGUUUCAUGGUAAGUUGAUCAAGAUGGGCUUCCAUGGACACGGCCACGUCGGAAGCGCUGUGAUUGAUCUAUACUCGAAAUGUGGGGGUUAUAUGGUGGAGUGCAGGAAGGUGUUCGAAGAGAUGGAUGAUCCCGAUUUGGUUGUCUGGAACACGAUGAUCUCGGGAUACUCCCUCUAUGAGGACUUCUCCGAGGAGGCUCUCGACUGCUUCAAGCAGUUGCAGCGUGCAGGGCACGCCCCCGAUGACUGCACCUUCGUUUGUGCGAUUAGCGCGUGUUCUAGAAUGUCGUCUCCUUCACAAGGGAGGCAAGUGCAGUCAUUGUUCAUCAAAUCUGAUGUUCGGACUAACAGAGUCUCGAUAAACAAUGCUCUCAUCACUAUGUAUUCCAAAUGUGGGAGUUUGCAAGAUGCAACAAGGGUGUUUGAUCGGAUGCCUGAGCACAAUAGUGUUUCGUUCAAUUCUAUGAUUGCUGCCUACGCUCAGCAUGGCCUUGGGACUGAGCCUUUGUUGCUUUUCAAGCAAAUGCUCGACAAAGGUUUCGCCCCGACCAAUGUAACCUUUGUGUCUCUACUCUGUGCUUGUGCCCAUACCGGGAGAGUCGAGGAUGGAGAGAGAUACUUCUCUAUGAUGACUGACAAGUUCAAGAUGGAAGCAGAGAUGGAGCAUUACGCUUGCAUGGUCGACCUUUUGGGCCGAGCAGGAAGACUAGACAAGGCAGAGAAGCUGAUAGAGAUGAUGCCAUAUGAUCCGAGCAUCAUGAUUUGGGGAUCGUUGCUGAGCGCAUGUAGAACGAAUGGCAAUGUGGAGCUAGCGGAGAAAGCUGCAAGCCAGUGCCUUGAGCUAGACCCGUCAAACGCAGCCCCAUAUGUCAUGCUCUCACAUCUGUAUGCCAGAGCACAGAGAUGGGAAGAUGUCGCGAUAGUCAAAAGGCGUAUGCUUGAUAGGAGGAUGAAGAGGAGGGUGGGGUGCAGCUGGAUCGAGGUGGAGAAUAAGGUGCACGUGUUCGUGGCAGAGGAUAAAUCCCAUCCGAUGAUGAAGAGGAUUUAUGAAUUCUGGGAAGAGAUGUGUGCGAAGAUGAAGGGAGCCGGGUAUGUGGCGGAUGUGAGAUGGGUUUCGGUUAGAGACGACGAUGUAACGGAAGAAGAGAAGGAGACGAUGGUGUUGCAUCACAGUGAGAAGCUGGCAGUUGCAAUGGGGCUAUUGUCAACCAAGGCCGCUGCUCCUUUGCUGGUGAUGAAGAACUUGAGAAUGUGUGGAGACUGUCAUAAUGCUAUUAGGAUUAUAUCUGAUAUCACAGCAAGGGAAAUUACUGUUAGAGACUGCCAUAGAUUUCACCACUUUAAACAAGGGCAAUGUUCUUGUAGGGAUUUCUGGUGAAUUAAAAAAACCAACCAGCAAAUUAGUAUUUGGAUGUUCUAGGCAAUGAUUCUUCUUAUUAAUUAACAAAAUUUCAUAAAAA